AUGACCUAUAGUCAGUCAUUGAGUAAGGACAAAGAGGUAAAAAGAAUUAAUUGUUUAUUAUUAUUUAUUUUUCAGAUAACAGAGUUAAAUUUGGACAACUGUCGUAGUACAUCAGUAGUUGGUCUUACAGAUGAUUUUGUAAACUUAGAAACUCUGAGCUUGAUUAAUGUUGGUUUAACAAGUUUAAAAGGUUUUCCAAAACUUCCAAAUCUUAAAAAGCUGGAAUUAAGUGACAACAGAAUUUCUGGUGGAUUGAAUUUAUUACAAGGUAGUCCAAAAUUGACACAUCUCAAUCUCAGUGGAAAUAAAAUUAAAGAUCUUGAUACAUUAGAGCCUUUGGUAAAUAUUAUUAAUAUUUAUUUUUAUUGAUAUUAAAUAUUCUGU